GGAUUCGGCCCCUUCACCACCAUCUCCGGGAAGAACCAAACCUUUAAUUUGGGGUUUUCUUGAGUAAACAAGUCUUUUGCUCGAUGAUGGAUUCCAUGCGUAUAUAUUUUUGAAGGAUUUGAGAAGCAGCAUUUGGUUUUUUGAUCUUCAUUUUUGUGACAGUCUCUCCCUCACCUGUACAUUUUUUUUGUGUGAUUAUUUUUCUUUCCGAUCAUUGUACCUUGACCCGCGAGUGAGAGGACUCAGAAGCCAAGAGCUCGCUCGCAGGGAGGAUGUACCAGAGCCUGGCCAUGGCCGCCAACCACGCGCCCCCUCCUGGGGCGUACGAGGCGGGCGGCCCCGGAGCCUUCAUGCACGGUGCGGGCGCCGCGUCCUCGCCGGUCUAUGUGCCCACGCCGCGGGUGCCCUCCUCGGUGCUGGGCCUGUCCUACCUCCAGGGCGGAGGCGGGGGCGCCGCGUCCGGAGCCACCUCCGGCGGCAGCACGGGCGCGGCCCCGUCGGGUGCUGGGCCCGGGACCCAACAGGGCAGCCCCGUCUGGAGCCAGGAGGGAGCGGCCUAUACCCCGCCGCCCGUGUCGCCGCGCUUCUCCUUCCCGGGCACCACCGGGUCCCUGGCAGCUGCCGCCGCUGCCGCCGCGGCCCGGGAAGCCGCCGCCUACAGUACGGGCGGCGGGGCAGCGGGCGCAGGCCUGGCUGGGCGCGAGCAGUACGGCCGCGCCGGCUUCGCGGGCUCCUACUCCAGCCCGUACCCCGCCUACAUGGCCGACGUGGGGGCGUCUUGGGCCGCAGCCGCCGCCGCCUCCGCGGGUCCCUUCGACAGCCCGGUCCUGCACAGCCUGCCCGGACGCGCCAACCCCGCCGCUCGACACCCCAAUCUCGUAGAUAUGUUUGAUGACUUCUCGGAAGGCAGAGAGUGUGUCAACUGUGGGGCCAUGUCUACCCCACUCUGGAGGCGGGAUGGGACAGGGCACUACCUAUGCAACGCCUGUGGCCUUUACCACAAGAUGAACGGCAUCAACCGGCCCCUCAUCAAGCCCCAGCGCCGGCUGUCCGCUUCCCGCCGAGUGGGCCUCUCCUGUGCCAACUGCCAGACCACCACCACCACGCUGUGGCGCCGCAACGCGGAGGGCGAGCCCGUGUGCAACGCCUGCGGCCUGUACAUGAAGCUCCACGGCGUUCCCAGGCCUCUUGCGAUGCGGAAAGAGGGGAUUCAAACCAGAAAACGGAAGCCCAAGAACCUGAAUAAAGCUAAGACACCAGCAGGUCCCUCGGGCAGCGAGAGCCUCCCUCCCACCAGCAGCGUUUCCAGCAACUCCAGCACCGCGACCACCAGCAGCAGCGAAGAGAUGCGCCCCAUCAAGACAGAGCCCGGGCUGGGGUCCCACUACGGCCACAGCAGCUCCAUGUCCCAGACAUUCUCGGUCAGCGCCAUGUCUGGCCACGGGUCCUCCAUCCACCCAGUCCUCUCGUCCCUGAAGCUCUCUCCACAAGGCUACGCAGCUUCUGUCAGCCAGUCACCGCAGGCCAGCUCCAAGCAGGACCCUUGGAACAGCCUGGCCUUGGCCGACAAUCACGGGGACAUAAUCACUGCAUAAUGUCACCUCCCUCCCUCCUCAGAUUCCUGCACAGACUUGGGACUUAGAGAACCGCGGAGGCGAGGGCGGCUCCCAGCGGCCAGCCUGCUCUGUCUGGGAAUGACUCCGGAACAACUGGGAAGAAACUUGAAGUCGAUGAUUUGGUGAGGGGAGUGGGUGUAGGAUUUCAUCAGAUGCCUCUUCAAGAUGAGGGGCUGGGACGGGCCCAGAACUCUGAUCUGGACGCACCCACCCUUCGCGAGGAGCACACUCAAGUCCCUUCCAUGGAGCUGGAGACUUCCUUCUCGUUUUCUGCCCCACUCCACCCUGACAAGAGAUGAGCUGUCCUUCUCUACCCUUCCAUCUCUGUGGCCUAAGACGGUGGUUUUCCCCUGGUGUUCCCGGCACCAGGAUCUGAGGGUGGGGAGAGGGGCAGGUGCUGCGACCCGGCUCCAGCCUGAGCCAGGGCAUCCAUGUGCCUUUCACUGUGACAGGCCCCUCCAGGCAGCUCCUGCCCAUGCCCAACACUCCCCUUCAGGCCCAGCACACACCCCCGCUCCCCUCAGGACUGAAUCCUGACUCCAGGAACGCUGGGCGUCGCCCCUGUUACUGGGUGCUCCGUGGGGAGACGGAGGGGAAGCUGCCUCACCCACCAUGCAGUAUGGCUUCGCAAAAUCUCAACUUGGCGAUGUUGCCUCCCCCAUGUUCCUUUCCCGGCUCACAGCGUCAUCCCUUCGCUCCUCCUCUUGACCACAAGGCCUCUGAAAAGAAAAAUCCCUUCCACUGUCCGGGCGAGUCAGCCUGCCUCUGGCUUGGCCGUGUCUCUCCCUCAGCAAAACAGGAGCUCAGCAGUUUAGCCGAACAGCAGCACCCCCCGAGUCUGCCCCCCAAAAUCCUUCCUCCGCCCCAUCAUGCACAGGGAGUUCUGAGUGAGAACAAAAAAGGUUCUGCUGCUAAAGCGAGUUUGACCGACACUUACCUAAGACUUGAGAUCCCUCUGGAGAGGCUGUCCGGAGGCCCUGGGCUGGGCCGGCACUGGACGGGGAGCGGGGUUUUCCGUGGAUUCGGACUCGCUUGCACUCGGAUCUUGCUGGCGCCCCUUCUGUUCUGCGGAGCUGGGCCUCUGGGCCAGGCAGCGAGUCCGCCCAAGGCGGGCAGCGUGCCCUCCCGGCAUCAGAAAUCCCUUGUCCAGGAGGUGAAAAGCUAGCGCUUUUGCAACAUAAAUUCAAAGCAAACACCACAAAACUCAUGAAAAGCAAGAUGACGACUGCUAAGAGGAGAGACUGAGUUGGGCCUUGAGGGCUCCCCGGGGCUGGACUGGAAUUGGCCUUUUUCUUAGCUCCCCGUUGCUGUCUCUGCCUGUGAUGCCGGAGCUCACAGGCUCCUCCCUCCGUGUCCUCCUUAUCCACAGAGCUGCCGCAGACUGUGGCCUUACUGCGUCCUACCCCAACACCCAGGCCUCCCCCGCCCAAAUCCUACAGCUGUAGCAGAGAAUAUCUCUAAACCAAGAUUCUGCUCUAAUCAUCAUUUACAUUGCUUUCUUUCCUGAAGGCCACCCUCCUAUUCUUUCCCUAGCCCGUUAACAUUGUCUUAAGGUGAAAUGGCUGUAAAAUCAGUAUUUAACUAAUAAAUUUAUCUGUACUCCUCU